AUGGCGUCAAGUCAGUGGACAAGGUCGGAAGAUAAGAUGUUUGAGCAAGCUUUGGUUCUUUUCCCUGAAGGAUCUCCAAAUCGGUGGGAGAGAAUCGCCGAUCAGCUUCAGAAAUCUGCUUGUGAAGUUAGGGAACAUUACGAAGCUUUGGUUCAUGAUGUUCUUGAGAUUGAUUCCGGUCGAGUUGAUGUACCGGAUUACAUAGAUGAACCGACCGCCGGUUGGGACUCGGCCGGUCAGAUCUCGUUUGGUUCUAAACACGGCGAGAGCGAACGGAAGCGUGGAACUCCUUGGACCGAAAACGAACACAAAUUGUUUUUGAUUGGAUUGAAGAGAUAUGGUAAAGGAGAUUGGAGGAGUAUAUCGAGGAACGUUGUUGUGACAAGGACACCGACACAAGUCGCGAGUCAUGCGCAGAAGUAUUUUCUUAGACAGAACUCGGUGAAGAAGGAGAGGAAAAGGUCGAGUAUACAUGAUAUAACUACGGUGGAUGCUAAUUUAGCCAUGCCUGGUUCGAACAUGGAGUGGACUGGGCAGAACGAGACUAGCCCUGUUCAGGCACAGCAGCAGAUUAUGCCGGAGUUCGGUCAGCAACUGACUAAUCCGGGACAUUUCGAGGAUUUCGGUUUUCGGAUGUGA